AUGACAACCCUUCGCGACCACCUCGCCUACACACCCCAACCCCUCAAAUUCGGCACCAGCGGUCGUCGCGGACAAGUAAUCGACCUAACCCAACUCGAAAUCUACACCAACGUUCUCGCCGAAAUCUACUACCUCCAAUCCCUCCCUUUGUCUCAGGGCGGAAUCCAAACCGGGGAUGACUUUUAUUAUGCCUACGAUCUCCGCCCCAGUUCUACGAGAUAUGUAGACGAACAAGAGACUCGACGUGGUGGGCUAUGCCAGGCUGUCGAACAAGCACUCAAAGAUGGAGGGAUGCGCCCGCUGAAUCUAGGCGCUAUUCCGACGCCGGCACUUACCUAUUUCGCUCUUCAGAGGGGGAAAGGGAGCAUUAUGGUAACGGGGAGUCAUAUCCCGUUUGAUCGGAAUGGAUAUAAACUCAAUACGAGCAAGGGGGAGCUUAUGAAAAGGGAUGAACAGCCGAUUAAUGAAUUGGUUGAGCGGACUCGGGAGGAGAUUAUGGGGCAGUCGUGCUCAGAAUCUCUGUUUGAUGAACAGGAGUUGGGACCUGUUUUGCCCGAGGCACGAACGGCGUAUAUUCAGCGGUUUAUCGAUUUCUUUGAAGGAGAGUCGCUACAGGGUAUGACGAUCCUUGCUUAUCAGCAUUCGGCUGUGGGACGUGAUCUUUUGGUGGAGAUUUUUGAAAAGUUCGAUGCUACAGUGAUUCCCGUGGGAAGGAGCGAAACGUUUGUGCCGAUUGAUACUGAAGCUAUUGACCAGGCUCAACUUGAUACGGUGCAAAAGUUAUACGACGGCGUUGGCCAGUUAUCAGUCGACGCCGUGAUCUCGACUGAUGGCGACAGUGAUCGUCCACUCAUCCUUGCGCCGCGGGAGGGCAAGCUCUGUUUCUUCGGUGGUGAUCUUUUAGGCAUGAUAGUCGCGCAAUUCCUUGAUGCUGAUGCGGCCGUUGUCCCCAUCAGCGCGAACGAUGCCAUUGAUCAUGGUCCCUUGUCCAAGAUUACUGAACCAAAGACCAAAAUCGGCAGUCCCUACGUUAUUGCCGGUAUGCAGCUAGCAACUGAAAAGGGGCGUACCCAAGUCUGCGGCUGGGAGGCUAAUGGAGGUUUUCUAACUGGAUCUGACUUGAAACGAAAUGGGAAAAGGUUAUCAGCGCUUCCCACUCGAGACGCAAUGCUACCUUUACUUUGUGCUUUGUUUGCGGCACAGAACCAGCGCAUGACACUUACAGAUUUAUUUGCUACGUUGCCUAAACGGUAUAGUCGUGCCGCAUUACUGAGAAAUUUUCCUCGAUCCGCCAGCCUGAAAAUCAUAAACCGAUUUUCACCUCCUGAUGCUAUUAUGAGGGAGAUAUCCUUCAACGAUGCAUCACACCAAAUAACCAUUCGAGAUUCCAGCAAUUCCCCGAUUGACACUCAAGCCGGCGACGAAAUUAAGCGAAUCCGCACCGAACUCGAGACUAUAUUCUCACCUCACCGUGGAUUUGGGCCGGUCAUUCGACUGAACUAUACAGAUGGAGUGCGCAUGUAUUUUGGGAAUGGCGAUGUUGCUCAUUUCCGACCUUCGGGGAAUGCCGACGAGCUUCGUAUAUAUGCUAUUGCUGAUCGGCAGGAGCGGGCUGAUGAUAUUGCUAUGCAGGGGGUAGCUGAGCCGGAUGGAUUGCUGAGGCGGUUACAGAAUGCUGUGUAG